UAGUUUGCAAUAACAUUCCUCUUCAACCGCUAUAUAUAAUCCCCAAAACCCUUCAUUUCCAUUUCCUCUCUCCCAUUUCGCUGAACUCUCACCAUCCAAAACCCUAGCUACCGCGCAUACUCUCUCUGUUUACAAUGGAGUUUUGGGGUGCUGAAGUUAAGGUUGGAGAAACCCUUAAGAUUGACCCAUUGGAAUAUGAUGCUUGCAUUCAUCUAUCACAGGCUGCAUUAGGUGAAUCUAAGAAAGACAAAGCAAAUGAAUCUGUGGUUCUUUCUGUCAAAGUUGGUGAACAGAAGCUAGUUUUGGGAACCCUUCUUAAGGACAAAAUCCCUCAGAUAUCUCUUGAAUUGGUUUUGGACAAGGAGUUUGAGCUUUCUCAUAAUUCCAAAACUACUAGUGUCCAUUUCUGUGGAUACAGAGCCCUUUACCCUGAAAAUGAUGAAGAUAGCGAGGAAGAUGAUUUUGCUGAUAGUGAUGAGGAAGAGAUCCCAUUGGCUAUUGCAGAGACAAAAGCAGAGGACAAGAAGGUUGCUGAACCUAAAAAAGCUGAUGUCAAGAGUACUCAUCCUGCCAAGAAUGCUGCACCUGCUAAACCUGCAACUGCUAAACCUGAACCUAAGAAACCUGCACCUGCGAAACCAACUAAACAAGUUAAGGUUGUUGAUCCUAAAGAAGAUUCUGAAGAUGACGAUGACACUGAUGAAGAUGAUGAAAUUGGAAGCUCUGAUGAUGAUGAGAUGGAGGAUGCUGACAGUGAUGAAGUAGAUGAGGAUGACAGCGACGAAGAGGAUGAGGAAGAGACUCCUGUGAAAAAGGUGGAGCAGGGAAAGAAGAGGGCCAAUGAAUCUGCUUCUAAAACUCCAGUUCCUCCCAAGAAAUCAAAAAAUGCCACUCCUGAAAAGACUGAUGGUAAGAAAGCUGUACAUACAGCAACUCCUCACCCUAAGAAGGGAGGAAAGACCCCAACCACAGAUGCCAAAAGCCCCAAAUCUGGAGGACAACUAUCCUGUGGUAGCUGCAGCAAGACAUUCAACUCUGAAACUGGGCUGCAACAACACAGCAAAGCCAAGCAUGGUGCUCAGUAAUUUUGCUUGAUAUUUUAGGUUUAAACUAAUGCAUGAUUGUUUAUCGUAUGUAUUUCGUCGAGUAUCCUAAGGAUGUUAGGUGUAUUUAUCCUUGUUUUUUGAUCUGGUAAACCUGAAGAAGUUUUGUGGCGAUGACAUGUUUUGGAAGUGGUUUUACUUUGCUGGAUACAUUUGAUUAUUGCCUAAAUUUAUUUAAGAUUUUCUACUGGUUA